AUGGAAGAGCCUUUACAAGUUUCAUUUAAAAACACAUUAAUUCAGAGAACCUGUGAGACAUUCACUGUGAUGAAUAUUUCGCCACAUUUGUUGCCUGUAGUUACGAGUGGUAUAGAAGCGCUAGCGCUGCAUAGCGCCAGCUAUUUGCCGCAGUUUCUUCAGUUAGUCCACGUUUUCCAAGUUAUUUUACCGAAUCCAUUACUGCCUAAGAUUACUUUUACAGAAGAGUCUGAUCCUCGACGAGCCAGCGCCCAAAAGUUCGAGCCGAUUCUGGAAGAGCUGUACAGUGUGUGCGUUCCAACUGCAUUACGUUUUGCAACUUCUGAUUUUCAGCUGUGUGAACGAAUGCGGGACAGUCAGCGCCUCUCGUCACUGAUGACAUCUGGCCAGCAAGUGGUGGCACGAAUUCAACAACGGCCGGUGUUAUCAGAAGAGGAUCGUGCAGUGGCGUGUUGCCUUCUGGCGGCUGUCUCACCUUAUGAGGAUAUUGCGAACAGAUUUCAUGUCUAUCUGGCGGCAUUGAUGUCGUCACCGGAAACGCUUGAUGCCUCGUACGAAUUUCUUUUAAGAAAAGCUGUUGAUGAAUGUACGUCAUCGGCAGCUUAA